CUAUCUAUCUAUCUAUCUAUCUAUCUAUCUAUCUAUCUUGUAAAAGUACUGAGUACUGCACAGUUUCUAAUAAUACAAACUAAGAGUUCCUGCUCUGGAAGACUAUAACUGUAGAUGUAAUUAGUUUAUUCAGAAUAUAAAGUCGGAAUAAAAGUUGCUCAAUUCAACAGUCUAUGUUUUAUGUCUCAAAACAAGUUAAAAAUAAGUGUUUGGAGAAAAUAGAAACUUGUAGCGGGAGACGGAAAUUAAAGCGCAUUGUCUGUUUCUGGGGGAAGACUUCCGUGUAAGACUUCCGGCGGAAGUUAACGACAUGGCGCUAGCAGCGUUAGCUUGCAGGCUUCUUCGUGGUUGUCGUCGAUCAGAAGAUGAUUUCUGCCUGUUUCUGUGUCUGCAGCAACAAACUCUUCGGUUCAUCAUCAGAGACCAGCUGCUGCUGCUGCUGCUGCUGCUGCUGCUGCUGCUGCUGCUGCUGCUGGAGAAACAUAAACCACAUCCGGGAGGAGGAGAGACGAUCUGCGGCUCAGACCGCUGGAUCCCCGCCGGAUCCCUGCUGGAUCCCCGCUGGAUCCCCACUGGAUCCCCGCUGGAUCCUCACUGGAUCCCCGCUGGAUCCCCACUGGAUCCUCACUGGAUCCCCGCUGGAUCCCCACUGGAUCUCCGCCGGAUCCCCACUGGAUCCACACUGGAUCCCCGCCGGAUCCCCACUGGAUCCCCACUGGAUCCCCGCUGGAUCCUCACUGGAUCCCCAAAUCUUCGGAACCUCCAGAUUUGCCACAACAUUAUGUUUAUUACUAAGCAAGAUUCUCAUCAUUUUAUACUCAACCAGCAAGAGACUGCUGAUCUGGACCUGAGGGAAACAGAAUCUCCACAAACCACAGGAAGGCAAGAGGAACCAGAACCGACAGAACCCAAAGAAGAGUAUGGAUCAGAACUGCUGCAGUUUGUCAAGAAAGAAGAACUUGAGCAAGAAACACAUCCUGUAACAGGAGCAGAUGGAUGUGCAUCUUUUGAAAUAAAAGAAGAACCAGAGGAACCGAAACAGAUGGAGGAAGAUUAUCAUCAAUUGGAAUCUCAGCAGGUGGUGAAGACUGAGGUCGAAGACUUCGGUCAGUAUGAAAAUAAGGCUGUACUGAAUCAGGAGACGGAUUCCUUAAUGAGAGGAGACUCUGCACCUGUUGGAAUCAAAGAGGAACCAGUGGAACUAAAACCUAAGCAAGUGAAGGAAGAGGAGCAUGGAUCAGGACCUGAGCAGAUGGUGAAGAUGGAGGCUGAACGCUUCAGUCUGGAUGAAGACCAGGAUGUUCAGAAGCAGGAGACUGCUGAUGCAGACAACCAACUACCAGAACUAAAUGGAGACCAAAUCCUCCUUCAGAACUUCCCUAAAGCAGAAGAUCAUCAGGAAAUAAAGCUUCAUGAAGCCUCAGGAUCCAGCAGAGAUGAUCAGCAACAGAAGAGAGCUCAGAAAACCAGAGGACAGAGGGACGAAGUAGAGGACGGCAUGGAGGGCAGGGAAAUUCACAAAAGUAAAAAAUGCAAACAAUGUAAAGUGUGUGGGGAAAGUUUCAAAUGGAAUUGGUAUUUAACAAUUCACAUGAGAACUCACACAGGUGAGAAACCUUUCUCAUGUGUAACUUGUGGAAAAGCUUUCAGGCAAAAAUGUAGUUUGAGUCAACACAUGGUAGUUCAUUCAGAAGAGACGCUGUUUUCACAAAAACCUUUUCUACAUCUUAUAAAUGAAAAAAGUCAUUUAACUGACCACAUGAGAAAUUACACGGGGGAAAAACAUUUCUGUGGAAAAUCUUUUAGCCAAAGUCUUAAGUGGAUUGGACACAGAAGUAGUCACUUUGGUAAGAAGCCUUUUCCAUGUAUGACAUGUGGGAAAAGUUUCAGUUACCAUCAUAAUUUGACUGUACACAUGAGGACUCACACAGGUGAGAAACCUUUCUCAUGUCUAACCUGUGGAAAAUGUUUCAGUUACCAACCUAAUUUGAAUAGACACAUGAGGACGCACACAGGUGCGAAGCCUUUCUCAUGUGUAAAGUGUGGGAAACGUUUCCUUGAAAAGAGUAGGUUGAAUAGCCACAUGAGAGUUCACACAGAGAAGCCAUUUCCUUGUCCAACCUGCGGAAAAGGUUUCAGACAUAGUCUUAAAUGUAUUGGGCACUUAAGUAGUCACCCUGGUGAGAAACCGUUUCUUUGUAUGACAUGUGGGAAAGGUUUCCAUCGUAAAAGCAGUUUGAUUCGUCACACAAGAACUCACACAGGUGAGAAGCCUUUCUCAUGUCUAACAUGUGGAAAAUUUUUCAGUCAGGAACAUAAUUUGAAAUGCCACAUGAGGAUUCACACAGGUGAGAGGCCUUUCUCAUGUGUAACAUGUGGAAAAGGUUUCAGUACAAAAAAUAUCUUGACUGGUCACAUGAGAACUCACACAGGUGAAAAGCCUUUCUCAUGUGUAAAGUGUGGGAAAAGUUUCACUCGCAAACAUAAUUUGAAUAGCCACAUGAAAAUUCACCUUGGUGAGUUCUCAUGUAUAAAUUGUGGAAAAGGUUUUAAUCAGAAAAAUUGUUUGAGCCAGCACAUGAAAGUUCAUUCAGAACAGAAACCUUUCUCAUUCAUAAGCUGUAAAAAAGGCAUCAAUGACAAUGGUACUUUAACUUGCAAUAUAACAGCUCACACAGGAGAAAAACCCUUCUCUUGUAUAAAGUGUGAGAAGAGUUUCCGUUACAAACAUGUUUUGAAGGUCCACAUGAGAAUUCACACAGGUGAGAAGCCUUUCUCUUGUAUAACAUGUGGGAAGAGUUUCAGACACAAAAACCAUUUGAACAGCCACAUUAGAGCUCACACAGGAGGGAAGCCUUUCACGUGUGGAACUUGUGGAAAAGAUUUUUAUGAAAAAAGUCACUUAACUGACCAUGUGAGAAGGCAUGACCUGAAAAAAAUGUUCCAUUGCAACACCUGUGGAAAAUCUUUCAGUGAAAGAGAUGAGUUGAUUGGACAUAUAGAAACACACACGUUUGAGAAGCCUUUUCCAUGUAUGACAUGUGGGAAAAGUUUUGGUCGUAAAAGUAAUUUGAAUCGUCACAUAAAAACUCACACAGAUUAGAAGAAUUUCUGAUCUAAAGCAGUGGAAACAAAUCUGUUCCAGAAGUAGUUUAACUAACCAAGUCAGAAUUCACACAAAUUAGAAACAUUUGCCAUGUCAUCCUUGUUGUAAAUGAGCUGUUGCAGCUGCAAUUUUAAAAAUAUAUAUUAAUCAUUGAAGCGGUGUUGCAGUCUGUCUGCCUGUUCUGAACUUUUGUAGAAGUUAGUUCUACAUACAUGUAUAAUCUUGUUUGCAUUACUGCCAAUAUGUUAUUGUUUAUGACAUCAUCAUCAUAUGAUUCCUUAGUCAAUAUGUUGACACUUUGCAAUUCAGCCUGUUGGGCUUCAUUUCCACAUUUCUGUCAUUUAUAUUUCUUCCCUCUGCCUCAUUUUUACAUGUUCUCUGUAGUUCCACUUGGGUCGGUCUGUCAGUCACACUUUUCUUUAUGAACCUGUUGUGCCUGGGUCAUGGAAAAUUAUACUGAAGGUCAUGGAAAAGUCAUGGAAUGUUUUUCUAAAUACCAGUGGGAACCCUGUUAAUCUAACUAAAAUAGUUAAUUUCAUCAGUUUACUGUUUUUUUGCAGCCAGUGGUGAACCAAACACUGGCUGAAGUUAUUUCUUUUUUGCAUACAGUUCAUGUGAUCUUUGACCUCUAAUUAUAUUAUUGUAUAAAUACUGUAAAUGUGUACAUAUUAGCCUUAAUAUAGAGCAUAUAUAUGUGUGUAAAUAGGAGCUGAUAUUUCAGGCACAUUUGAAGAUGGAUAUCUAGUCUCUUCAUUAAGAAGUUAGUUUUAGCUGACAUUUAAAAAAGAGUUAACAUAGUAAAGUUUUUACUUUGAAAAAUUAACACCAAUUCUUUUCUUUUAUGUAGACUAAAUAACCCAAAUUGCUGUAGAUUUUUGACUGAGACUAGGAGUCUGUGCUGUUUAUCAUUUACUGUGAUGAAACUCCAUGUUGUUCACCUCUGUGUCUUACAUGAGGAGCCAAAAGGUUUUAGUUACAUGACCUGCUUUUUGUAAAGGAUACAUUUAUAUAGCAGUAACUGUCAUUUACAGUAUUUGAAUGUUUUUGACAUCGGAACACUAAAUGUGUAGUUCUGAAUAAAAAUCUGCAAAUUCUGGA